CCUUGCCAAUCCGUUAAUCCAUUCUAUUCGAGUCGCAUCAGCUAAUUCAUUAGUGUUAUUAGUCGUUUUAUUGAUUGUUUUCUUGAUUAUUAAUCCCCAGUUGUAUUGAUUAAUAAGUUUCAUAUCAUGUCCUAUAUGGAUGAAAUACCUCCAGAUGUCAUAUCACCAAAUGAAGUGAUUGAUUCGAAAAAUGAAGACAACCAAACAAAGGCAAAGUCAAUAAAAUCAGUUGAUAUGGUUGUUGCUAUUUAUGACUUCCCCGGGACUCAACAUACUCAUUUACCCCUUAAUAUGGGGGAUACGGUUUCUAUUUUGGCCAAAUCGGAUUCUGGUUGGUGGGACGGAGUGAUUGUCACUUCGAAAAAUGAAUACUUGAGAGGCUGGAUUCCGUCUAAUUAUGUUAGAUCGGUCAAUUACGUCCAACCUGUUUUAAAUCAAUUGAAAAAUAAUAAAGAAAUUGAUUCAAUCACUGCUGCAAAUACGGCGGCAAACGUCUUGAUUCCUUCCUUCAAUAAUAUCUUACAGAAAAACUUGUUUGAUCUGGAAAGAAACUCUCCUUCAAAUAGUGUUCGUAAGAAUUCGGUGGUUUCAUUUGCCAGCUCUGAAACAAGCAUUCCGUCCGAUUCCAAAAUCAAUAAAGAUCAAAAAGAUUCGACUGCAUCCCAAUCUCAAUUACAAGUCUCUCAUACUACCGAUAACACUCCAACCGCAUCGUUCUCGGCUCCAAGUAUUGCCAGUUCCGAUAAUACUCCUUUUGUUUCAACCUCCGAUGCAGAAAAAUUGGCUAGUGAAUAUAAAUUAUCAAACCACCGCAAUAUCGUUUGGUUACCUCGUUUGAGUGGCUCGGGUGAUGUGGUUUUUUUUUCAGAAAUUUUAAAUGUUUAUUGUGAAUCUUGUCCAAUGUCUCCCUAUAUGCCUGAUGUUGAUGAAGAUGAAGAUGAUGAGAAAUUAGAUUUACCUUCUAAAUUGGCAAUGAAUGAUAAUCCAAUUAUAAAUCAUGAUCUGGAAUUUAAUAAUGAUAAUGAUAAUGAUCAACAACAACAACAACAACAUGGUCAAAAUCAAUCGGGCCAAAAUCCAAAAAAUUUCGAUCCUUUGAAAAGAGAUUCGACUUCUUCUUUACAUUCUCAAUCUUCAGGUCAAAGCUCUUAUCAUCAUUUUAACCAACCAUUUUUCGCAAUUCCUGGUUUAUUUUAUAGUCAUACAAAUGAUUUAAUGUAUUGGACUCAAUUAAAAGAACGGUUUAAUUAUUUACUUGAUUUAAGUUUUAAAGCUUUAAAAGAUCAUAAUAAACAAUUAUUCAGUACUCAUUUCACUAAAUUAACAAAAGUUAUUUCAAUAAUUGCUAGUGCUUCAAGAUUGAUUCAAAAUGAUUUCAUUAAUACUAAAUAUGAAAAUUCAAUUAGAAGAAAAUUGAAAAGAAUUGCUGGUGCUUAUUCUCAAAUUUAUAUUAAUGGUAUUUUACAUUUAAGUUAUAUGCAUUAUUCUCAAGAAGCUUCAAAUGCUGAAUUAUUUAGUUUUGAUAUUUCAAAAUUAAAUAAAUCAACUAGCUUACCAAAUAGUACUCUACAAAGUACUUCUUCUUCAUUUUCCACUAUUCGUCAAAAUUCAAAUGAUAAUAAUGACGAUGGUAAUGAUAUCACGUAUUUAAAUCAUAUUCAAAUUGAAUUAGAAAUUUUAAGAUUGAAUAUAAAUUCAAUUACUAAAAUUUUCUUAAAAUUAACCAAAGAUAAAAAAAUUAAAAAAUCGGAUUACGAUGGCUCAGAUGCAAGUGAUGAUGAUUCUGGUGAAGAUCGUUAUAAUGUUUUACCUCAAGUCUACCCUAGAUUUAUAACAAAUGAAUUCAAUGGUGGGAAUUGGUGUAAUCCUUUUUUCGCAACUAAAAAUUCUGCUUUAAAUGCUAGUGGAGAUGACUUGAAAAAUAGAUAUCAUCUGAAAAAUAUCAUUGAUAAAGAUGCUUAUGAUUCAAUUAAAAAAUCAACCGAUGAAAUGACUAAAUUGUCAAAGGAAACUUUGGAAUUUUUAAAUCCUGACGUUCAACAUAAAUACUAUAAUGAUGAUUUGAAAAAUGAAAGAAAUACUCAAAUCUUAAGAUUGAUUUAUAAAUAUUUAUAUCAUGCUGGUGUCACCAUUGAUUUAAUUGAAUCUUUUGAUUUCACAGUGUUUUGUUUAAUCAAAAGAUAUGCUUCAAAUGAAAACAUGGAAUUUGAAAAAAAUGAUGAUACAAAAAAUGAUGGUAACAAUCCUCAGAGAUCUACUUCUGGUAGCAAUUUAAACUUUGAUUAUCCAAUUGUAUUAGAGUUUUUCCAUUAUAAACAACAAUUUCAUGAUUUAAUUUCAAAUAUUGUUAUGGCUACUCAAACUUUAACUGUUCAAGACCCUGAUGUUUUUAGAGGUAUGAAAGAUGACGAUCCUUUAUUUUAUAAUCGUGAUAUUUUGAAAAUACCUAUCGAAAGGGCCUCUUUAUUGGUUUCAAAUAUUUUAUCUAAUCAAACUAGUCAAAAUAAAGGUGGCUCAAUUUCUUUAAAUCCUGAUGAAUUAAUGUCAAAUAUUUUAUUGGAUGGUACUAAAUUUUUUGAAUCAAUUUUAAAUAUUAUUCAACAAUUGAUUGAUGAAAGAGAAACCAUCUUAAAUUAUGCUACUAGAGUUAUGCAUGAUGAUUUUAAUGUUCAAUUAUUAUUAAUUGAAAGAAAUAAUACUAUUUUGUCGGAAAAAUCUGAAGAUGGUCAUCUGUACUACACCAGCAAAAAAUCAAAUGACAUUCCUUGGUAUUUGGAAGGUGAUGAUGAAUAUGAUUUAUUGUUGGAUGUUAAAGGUAACAUUAAAGGUGGUACCAAAGAAGCAUUAAUUGCUCAUUUAACUCAUCAUGAUUUAUUCGAUAGUAAUUUUAAUACUGCAUUUAUUUUAACUUUCCCAACAAUGAUGAAAAUUGGUGAGUUCAUUAAUCUAUUAAUCAAUAGAUUCAAUAUUGAAGCGCCUGAAGGUUUAAGUUACGAAGAAUAUAACACUUGGAUUUCAAAGAAACAAAAUCCUAUCAGAUUAAGAGUUAUGAAUAUCAUGAAGUUACUCAUCGAAAAACAUUGGUGUAAUUCUUAUUAUAAUGAAUAUGUUUUGAAAAGAUGGCUAAAAUUUGCCCAAACUUCAGCAGUUCAAUCAUUCUCUAUCGGGAAAGUGUUAUCAAAUAAUUUGACAAAAUUAUUGAACGGUGAAGUCAUUUGCAAAGAUCGUGAACCUAGUACCCCGGAUUCCAAGACCCCUGCUCCUUUAACCAAAGGUUUCCUUUUGAAAAGGAUCAAAUUAUUAGACAUUGACUACAUUGAAUUGGCAAGACAAUUAACUUUAAGGGAAUUUAGCCUAUACGCUAAAAUUACAAAAUUAGCUUGUAUUUCUAAAGUUUGGGGUAAAAAGUCCGGAUUGAAAGAAAACAUCGAGCCUAUCACAAAUUUCAUUAAAGCCUCAAAUCAAUUAACUAACUACGUCGGUUAUAUGAUUUUAAGAAAGGAAGACCCAAGAAGAAGAGUUCAAGUGAUCAGAUACUUUGUUCAAGUUGCUGAGAAAUGUCGUCAAUUGAAUAAUUUUUCUUCGAUGACUGCAAUCAUAUCUGCUUUAUAUUCUUCACCAAUUCAUAGAUUAAAGAAGACCUGGAAGUACGUGUCUACCGAUACCAUGGCUCAUUUACAAAACAUGAAUAAGUUAAUGAAUUCUUCGAGAAACUUUAAUGAAUAUAGAGAUGUUUUGAAAUUCGUGGGUUCGGAAUCUUGUAUCCCAUUCUUUGGUGUUUAUUUAAGUGAUUUAACAUUUGUCUACCAUGGUAAUACUGACCAUUUAUUGAAUAGACCAAGAAUGCUUAAUUUUGCCAAACGUGCUAAAACAUCCGAAAUUGUUUUAGGAAUCGAUAGGUUCAAGAGUACUGCUUAUAAUUUACAAGUCGUACCAGAAAUCCAAAAGUAUUUGGAUCAAUGGUUUGAAAAAUCUCCUACCAAUGAAAAACAAUAUGAAAUAUCUCUUACUUUGGAACCUAGGGAACAACCUCAGAACACUGAUGCCAAUAACGCGUCAUCCAGAAACUCAAAGAUUUUCAGAUCAGUGGUUUAA